AUGGUGGUCAUUCCGCCACCCCCACAGCCGGGGCCACAUCCGGACUGGGGUUGGAGGCUGGGCGAAGUCGCGUCUUGGACAGAUGCACAGGAGAGGCGACGGGCAGCAGGAGGUAGCCAACAAGCGGCCACGGAGAAACAGCGGCCGACGUCUUUGCCAGGCUGUAGUAAGAUUCUGGCGGCCGAUUUUCCAGCGCCGGAAACGUUGGAUAUUCCAGGCAGAGCACAGGUUCCACUAUUCCGGGCCCGCUGCUGUGUCUUCGGCCUGCUCUGCGUGGAGGCACUGAGACUGCUGGCGGCAAGGACGUUCCCCAGCCCUGGUGGCUUGGAGCUAACAGCCCAGAUCUUAACAUCGGCUUCCAACUCCAUCGCUUGCGUUGGUUCUCUCCCGGUGUUCGCGUCGCAGAGCCUCGGUGUCUGUGUGAAUCGACGCUGCCUGGGCUCGCUCCUGACGCUGAUACUGACCUCUUCGAUGUGCACUUGGGGUGCUGUUGUGAUUGACAUUCUUCCGGGUGGUGGAUGGCAGCGCCUUUCUGCACACGCACUGCUUGAUGAAGGUGCUCCCAGUAUCCUCGGCUUCCUGGGUGUGUGGGAAUGUUUGUUGCUGGCUUCGGUGUCAUUGCAGAGUGCCUUGUGCAUUUCCGCAUGGACAUUUUACCGCAUGUUCCGGGAAUUGGGGCUGUAUCCCCCAGGACAACGGAAAGGUCGAAUCCAUGCUGAAGUGUCUGCAUUGGAGUUUGUUUGUGAAGCGGAAGACGUGGCCCUGCUAAGUGACCAGUGCAAUGGCAACUGUCAGCGGGAGCCGCCCAGAGAGGAUGCCUGCCCAGGCCCAGAAGUCGUCUUUGCAAUGGCUGUGGCUGCUGAGGCAUCGAUGCCUCCAGCGCCGCCGCGAGGUCUCGGUCGAGACCGCCUGCACGAAGACGACGCCAUCCUGGCUACGCAGCCACCGCCGGGCGGCUCCUAUGAGGCAGCGAGACGGAGCAGCACCGAGAUCCUGGCACAGGUGCAGGAAGACCCCUGUGGCUGGAGAUCGAUGGAGCGCAAUGAGAACUAUUACCACCACCUGGUCGGCGCCAGAAAGCUCUCCUGCCUCGUCCGCUUAGUCCGGCACGGCCUCGCACUGCGUGAACGCGAGAAGCGCGGACUUGUCCUCGGGGACAAGAAGGGCUGGGCAGCAGAAAUCGAGGGCUGGGCGGCUACAGAGCUGGCAAAGGAAGGUGUUAUCAUUCACAAAGACUUGUCUUUCGACGGGGAUCACGCUGUAGAGAACGGCAACGCAGAGGCUUCCGAGUCCAGCUCAGCGAAGAAGGAGCGGAUGGAGACAGCACCGGUGAAAAGCAUGCCGGUGCUCAGUGCGGCGGCCGCAAAGGCACAGAGGCAAAGCCCGAAGAGCCGCAAAGUGUUUCCUUGGAUCGCCCUGGCAGCGGCCGUUCUGCUAGCGCUGCUUUGGUGGCGCACGGCAGCCGUGAAGCGGUCUGCUUCCUCUUCUAUGCUGGCUGGCGAAAAACUCAGCACCACAACACUUCCAAGGAAAGUACAGCAAGACCUGGAAAAGCUGUCAGCGACGUGGGGGGUGAAGUGCGUAAGUGUUGACGUCGGCGUUGACUCCGCGGAGGAGCUUGCCUUGGAGAAGGGGGUUGGUGCCCAACUCCCCGUGGUUCGCGUUUAUGCACCGCCAGCGGCCGACCACCUGGCGGAGCUUGUGGGCCCAGCAUGCACUGCGGCCGCUGUGGCACAAAGCUUGCAAUCAGCGAAGGAGAAGGCAGGACCGCACAUCCUCCUCGUCGCCGAUGUGGAUUUGGAUUGUUGGGUGAUCCACCCAAUGCAUGUGCAUGGCCUGGUGGUGUAA